UGACCACUGACCACUGGACUCACCGCAGUAUUACUAUCUCGUUGGAACUUCGAACAGUUUGACCUGGUCAAGGAUUUAUUUUAUCGUCUUAACCUACAAUUAAUUACAAUCAAAAAACAAUACCAGACAAUACAAUUUCAAGACCGAUUAUAACUUCAAUUAUCAACUUGAAAACUGUUUUUGAUAUUACGAUCGCCUUUGAAAUUGACAGACUGGGAUCCAUUCCGUGGUGAUAAUCAAAAUUAUUGAACACUUAGAGUAAAUUAAUUGUGAAGACAAUGAGUGGUGACGAGGAGUCCCCUAAUAGGGAGCCGACGAACCCCGACAGGAAGACAGGGAAAUCCUUCUUUAUCGAUGAUAUUCUAACCAAAGAUACGGAAUCGGACGUCCGGCGCAAGAGUACAGAAUCGAACUAUAGCCCCUACAAGAGCUUUGGCUCGUAUGAGCAGCAAUCACCAUGUGGCAACUCUUACGAAAACCCCCAAACAUGUGUCUGCCGGUCAUGUCAGGAUAUGAGAGAGCACGAGCACGUGCCUUCAAGUUACGUCACCGGGGAAUCGACGUCACGUCUCUCAGUAACGGACUCAACACACGCAGAAGUGUGCUGUGCCAAAUCACAAAACGAACUAGAUUCGCCAAAUUGCAGUUCGAACACAAACAAUAACACCAAACUGAAGAAAAAGACCAGAACAGUGUUUUCGAGGGCUCAAAUAUUUUACCUAGAAGCCGCUUUUGACGCGAAACGUUAUCUGUCCAGUGCGGAGAGGGCGGAGUUAGCGCUCACUCUCCACCUAUCAGAAACUCAAGUUAAAGUUUGGUUCCAAAACAGGCGUAACAAGUGGAAAUCACAAAUGACAGACGACAACAAAUUUCCCAAUAAGGAACCAAAUCAUUUUUAUCCUGGUCAUCCAUUGGCUCAAAGGUAUCACAUGGGGUUGGGGUCUAUACCCCCAUCGCCACACCUCUUGAGGCAUCCCAUGUUGUACUUUUAAUAUACAAUUUGUAAACGUAGUACUAAUUUGAAUCGAUUUUGCAAAGAUCGACAAGUUAUCUCAUGUAUUUACCCCGGAUUCAAGUGUUAUGUGCAGUGAAAUAUUAACAGUGUACAAGGAAUACUCCGAUUGUAAUGAACUGUUGACAUUAUUUGGUUGUUGUGCCAAGGAUUGACACUAUUUUGUUGCUGUUCCAACGACUGACAUUAUUUGGUUGUUGUACGAACGAUUGACAUUAUUUUGUUGCUGUACCAACGUUUGAUAUCAUUUUGUUGUUGACAAAUAACCAUGUUUUAAAUAUAUUUGUUGUUUUGAGACAAUGU